AUGGAUUUCUAUGAUGAUGAAGACUAUGGACUAGAUAAACCAAAGCAGAGGAGACUCAGGCCGCGCCCCCGCCUCUCUCAGAAACCAGGAAGCGCCAGCGGCACCGCCCCCGCCCCCCUGCGCAGGCGCGCCCAGCCUCUGGUUCGAGUCCCGUGGCGCGGCGGCCCGGAGAUGCCGACGGAGCCGGCAGUGGCGCGGGCGGGCGCGGAGGGAAUCCCGCAGCCGGCCGCAGACAGCGAGCCCGAGGUGUUUGAGACUGUGCUGCCAAUCACUGUCCUGGUGCUGAGCGAUGAGGAUUUUCUCCAGGACGAUGAUAAGGAUCAGGAAGUGUCAAUUCCCGAGGUGGAGCAGGAGUUUAAAUUAAACAACAGCCUUUGCCUAAAAAAUGAAGUGGAGCCUUCAAACGACAGCAGCAGUGUAGGCAAUUGGGAUGCAAACAAGACUGUUUCAAAUGAAGAUAAUUGUAUUAAGUACUCUGAGGAGAAAUGGUUUGCUGAGAGUGUGUGUAACACAUCAAAAUUAUCUUUAAGUGAUGGGUGUGAUGCAGACACGGAUAAAUAUGGUCAAAAUUGCAUGUUACCUACAUUGUCUUGCAAAACAGAGCUUCCAGAGAUAGUGAAAUACAGUGAUGGAGAAGAUUGUGGUGAUAAUGAUGGCUUUCAGAAGAUUCCUCCUCUCCUCUCCUCUGCUGACAGUGACAGAGUUGACACUUUGGAGACAUUGGUGGUGCAACCCAAACAUGAAGAAGAACCUGUCAGUAUUGCAAGUGUUGUUUUUGAUGGCAGUCCACAGAAACAACCAGAAAUCCACAAGGAAUUUCAUAUAAUUGUUAAAAUGGAAGAUCCUGAUUCCUCAAAGAAUGGAGAUAAUGAAAUUGAUUACAGGAAAAUAAGCAAAUUUGAAGAUGAAACUCUGAGUUCUCUUUUGGAACAUGGCUUGAAAGAAGAAGAGGAAUUUACCUAUAAUUGUUCUGAUCCAUUUCUUAAUGGAUGUUCUCCUACUUUUAAGGAACAUCUAGAAGAUGUAGGGAAACCUGACAGGAAUGCUUCUACUUCUGCUGAAUCAAAUACUACUGGAGAGCAUAUUUACAAGAUGUUAACACCAUUCUCUAAGAAAAGAUACCAGCAACAAAAAGUUGUUUCUUCUCAUGCAAGCCCAAAAGAGUUCCAGAGCCAGCAAGAAGAUUUAACAUGGCUGAAUGAUAGUGUGACCAUCACACCUCUUCCUAAAACAUCUUGUUUUACAAAGGAGAAUGAAAGAUCGAGUUUCAAGUGCAGGUUUUGUAGUUCUGUGUUUAAAUGCAGCGCACACCUAAAGAAACAUAUUUAUUCAGCUCAUAAAGAUAAGAAAAUGCAUAAAUGCUGCUUUUGUAAAAAAACUUUUUUCUUUUCUUUCAAUCUUAAGAAUCACCUUAAAUUUCAUAAGAAGAUUGCUAGGUUGCAAAAGGCAAGAAAAAAUAGAAUAAGUGCAAGAAAAGGGAGGCAGAAACGAUCUGAAGGAGAAUCUGAGACCAAGAAAAAAGAAAGUAAAUACAAGAAAUUUUUCAUUAAAAUUGAAAGGGACUUUACACCUCUGGAUGUGCCAGUUAGCUUUUCCUGCAGAAUUUGUUUCUUUGUUUCAUCCAGUCCUAGGAGUUUUAUUCAUCACAUGAAGGGACACAAGGAGAGACCACCUUACCAGUGCCCUCAGUGUGAUUACUCCUGCAGCAGCUUGUCCUACCUGUUAAAUCACAUGUACUGGCAUGCUGGCUAUAAGCUCUACCAGUGCAGGUUCUGCACCUUUUUUUCAUUGUAUUUUGCAAGCAUGGUGAGGCACAGCCAAGUCCACACAGGGGAUAAACCAUAUUGCUGUGAGCUCUGCCAGGUGGCAUUCACCAGCACCUCAGGGUUGGAGAGACACAGGAGGACACAUGCAGGCGCAGAAAUGUGCCAAGCACAGCAACCCAACUGCCUGAGUGGGAGAAAGAGAACUGAAAGUCCUCCAAAGACUUACACAUGUGAUGAAUGUAACCUGGUGUUCUACACUAAAGGACAUCUCAGCUUUCACAAGAAAUUUCAUGAACAGUUUAAGGCUAAUGGUUACACGAGUCAGAGCAAUAAGUACUGUGAAAGCAAAACAGGCAAAGCUGAUGGUGAGUCUCAGGGUCAUGCUUCUCACUCUCUUUUUGGUACAGAAAAUGAUUGUCUGGGUGGGGGAAUCCUGGCUUCAGAAGUGGAGUUUGAGCAAGCAGAUGAUGUGUGGGACAAUAAGAAAAUAUAUAUUGGAAAGAAAUUCCUUGAAAACAGCCAAGGAAGCAACAGCCUGGCUGUUACUGGAAAUAGAUCAGAAGUUCCUCGGACCUCUUACCAAAUCGACACCAUCACUUACAAAGAGGAGCCUUUCUUCAAAUCAGAGACCUCUCAUUCACAAGUGCAAGAUGCUGCUUCAUUUCAUAACUUUGUGGAAAACUUGGAGGAGACAUAUCCUUCUAAUUUAAAUACAUUCCAAACAUACAGAUGCCAGCACUGCAGUUACACUACUGCUGUUCCUAACAACUUCAGGCUGCACCUGAAGAUACAUACGGAUGAAAGACCAUUUGUGUGUAAAGAGUGCAAUGAGACAUUUAAAACAUCAAACCAUUUGCAGAAACACAGCCUUCUUCAUGUGAAAAAUGAACAGGAGUUUGGAAGUUGCCUCUUUGUAGAGAGGUGUUUAGAGGAUCUUGAAUUGCAUCGUGAAAUCCAGAGAGGCACAUAUCCAGGAAGGGAUUUUGAUUCCUGCAAAGGCUCAGACAGCUCCUUGCUUGGUUCAAAAGUUUGCGGAGUUCAGCAAGGUGUUCAGAGGGGCACAGCAAAUGACGUGCGAGCACAAAGUCAGCCACUAUUGUAUCAGUGUGCAGAGUGCAGCUACGCUACUGGCAUUUUAGGCAACCUGGAACUCCACAUCAGAAUUCACACAGGUGAGAAGCCCUACAGCUGCCCUGUUUGUCAGAAGAAGUUCCGUACUUCCAGUCACCUCAAAAGGCACAGACUCACACAUUUGAACUUGGGGCAUUUCAAGUGCGUGAGCUGUGACUACUCAACCAACAAAUGGCUGUCCUUAAAGCGGCACCUGGCUUUGCACACCGGGGAGGAAACUUCCUCUCCUGGCUGCUGCUAUGAGCACAAGGAGCUGCCUGUCAAGACAUAUAGGUGUGAGGAGUGUGGCUAUUGCACAACCCACAAUGGGAACCUGAAGCUCCACCUGAGGAUCCACACGGGGGAGAAGCCGUUCCAGUGUGGGCAGUGCUCCCUGGCUUUCCGCACCUCCAGCCACCUCAAGCGCCACUGCCUGACUCACCUCAAGCUGCACUGCAGGAGGUGCAGGUAUUCCACGGUGGAUAAACAUGCUUUCCAAAAGCACAUAAAAACACACACAAAGAAGUACAAAUGUGCAAAGUGUAAUGUGGUGCUGCCCACCAAAAAGCUGCUGGAGAAGCAUAAGCAGCAGCACAAGGUUGGAAUGUCAGGUUAAGAAUUGGAAGUUGGUGCUUGGUUUUGGGCAGGUUUGCAUGUCCUGAAUUUCUUCAUGGCUUUAUGUUCCUUUGCUGUGCCCAGAACAGUAUUUGGUAAUGGAUGCAUCCAGCAUUUUGGUCGAGAGAGUGAAGCUUGGGGUACUGGUUUGCUGCAGGUGUUUGUGGGAACAUCGAUUCUAGCACAGGCUGUGCUGAAGAUCUUGGAGACACUUUUUCAUCCCUGAGUAACUGCUUCCGUAGAGGUCAGUUAUUUUAGUCAGUGUUCAUCUGUGUUUAAGUAGUUAUUCUGCACCAUUUAUUUUCUUGUAAAAAUUUAAUAAGAAAAAAAUCUCUUUUCUAACUGAAAGAAUGUGUAACAGGAGGGAAGGAAAAGCGUGUUACAUUUUGUAGUAAUAACUUUUCAUGUAAAAAUUAUCAGUGUAUAUGGAGGCUAAAUGCUACCUCCCAUCUGCUGGAAGUUGCCUCCUUUACUCCCAGGUGCUUUGCAAUACUUAUAAGAGGAAAAAAAUAGUAUCUCACCAAAUCACAGAAAUAAAAUAUGCAUGUCAUCACUGGGUAAUUGUCACAUUAAAAUGUUUUACAUGUGUCUGGAUGUAUAAGAUGUUUAUUAAGCUGUUACCUUGUCUGUAAUUUUGAUAAUUUUUUGAGUAGUCUGACAGAAAUGGUAAUGUCCAGAAACAUCUAUUUUAUGAUACUGGGAAUCUUUAAAUCUUUGAUUUUAUGUGAGUGUCCAAUGUUAAUCUAGUAUGAAAUGCCUUACCUUUUCUCAGGUUGGUAGUUACUGUGUUGGUUGUUAUUGUUAAAUUAUACACUUUUCAAAUAAAUUCUGUUAAUAUGAGCAGUUGCUGAUAAUUGUGAAUGCUAUUUAGUUUCACUGAAAACCUUAGCAGUAUCUGAAACUAAAAUUAUUUUAAGAACUUUACUCUUAGUCUAAAAUAUCACAUAUAAGAACCACUGUACUGUGCAGCAGUUGAUGCAGGGUAUGGUGAACCCAGAUGGAUGCUGCUUCCAAUUUAUAUUCAAAUCUAGACAAAUCUUUGUUUUGGAGUUAUGCAGUGCUAGGAACUCUUGAGUGUGAUAAGUGGUUUUAAUUACAGUGUGUUAUCCCCUUGUGUGAGGAAAAACAACAACAAAGGCCUGGUGCAAACUGUCCCAAUGCUACAGUUCAGUCCAUGGAGCAGCAGACCAAACCUGUGGUUUAAUUUAGAGAAUGUAAAUGUGGAACUCAGUGCUUUUUUUUUCUGCUUCUGGAUGUGUGUCUUUCUGUAGAAAUACAGAUAAUGUCUUGUAGAGGCUUUCUGGUAUCAUAGGAGACAGGUUAGGAAGGGCUGCCCAGAGUUGUAGUGGAGUUCCCUUCUUUUCAGAUAUUGAAAAUCCAUCUGGAUGUAAUCCUGGACAGCCAGCUCUAGGUGUCCAGGAUUACAGGAUUCUCUAGUAGAAUGUGUGUAUAUUUCCAUGCAUGUCUAUACAUAUAUUGAUAAACUUAUGAAUUGCGGAUAAAAGCCCAAACUUCACACCUUGUAAAGGCUGUAAAGUCAGUGGUAUGUUUAUUGCAGCUGGUAUGUGUGGAUAUUCUCAGCUCAAUCAGAAAGAGAAAGGUUUUCUAACCAGGCAAGAGCCUGGGAAACAGUUGAGAAAGAAUGUAAAUAAUUCUCUAAUCUAUCUUGUUAUUCAUAUUGUUUAUAGAUAUGUUCUGCCUCUGUGUGUCAUCACUGCCCACCAAUGGUGUGGGAUGUUUUUACUCUAAAACCAAUGAGAAUAGUCCGCACGAUGUUCACUAUAUAUAGAGCAGUACAUUUGAAAUAAAAGAAGAGUUCAUUUCCUUAACCUUCUGAUUUGGAGUUCUGUCUUCCCAUCCUGCUCAACAGCGUCAGGUAUGUUUAUUGCAGCGAUGGACGCAUGUGGGGAUCUUUCCCCUUCAAAGGACAUGCCUUGAGACCUCUUGAUCCCUUUUUAUUCUUCUUUACUAGUUUACAUCUGCAUAGAGUUUCACAAUAGGUUCAUGUAUAUUCAUUCUAAUGAUUUUCCAUUACUCUUGCAGCUAGUUACCCUUGUAGCUAUUUUUUUUUUCCAAAAAGUACAGAAAAAACUCUUGGGUCACGCUGCCCUGUUUCAAAGUUUGAGGAGCCUGUCUUAUCUCUUCAGCAUGGAAAUUGCAUUCUUUCUCCUCAGCUGGGGCAGUUUUUACUACUGCUGCAGAGCUACCAGACUAAACAGCAUAUUUUACCUAUGCUACCAAGCUACUAAUAAUUUAAAGCAGCACAUUUUACCUAAAUCCAAAUGGAUUUCUAACCUGUUAAUUUUUUUCUGUUUCACUUAUAUACUCUGAAUUGCAAAUAUCUGUCAAGUAUACUAAAUAUUGUAAAUGAGAACAGCUACAGCAUUCUUCCCAAAUACAUGAAUAGCCCUUGCAGAAUAAUAUAUAUGAAUCUUGCCUGUGUGUUUAGGCUUCUCCUGUAGAUUAAUUUCCUGAAUAGGGCAUCUUCCAGGGUCUUGUCUUCCAGAACCCCUGUAGCCAGUCUGCGAUUUGGAAGACAAUUCUCCAAUAAUGGACUGAAACUCAUGGACAGAUGAAUGUAUUUAAGGCCAGAUCUGCAAAGAUACUCAAGUGAUCCAGUUCUUUGCAGCUUCAGUGAAGUCAGACAAGUAUCUGUGCCUGAACCAUGGUGGUUACAGAUAAGUGAUUUAGACCUUGGAGCCACCUAAUCCAGUUGUGAGAAAGAAGAAUGUUACCCUGUAGGAAGAAAGAAAAGCAUUUCUGGGAAAUAUUAAUGCUUACUCAAGCUUGGAGGCGUUUUUACCUGCGUUACAUUAUUGUAACCCUCUAUAUCAGAUGAGACUAGAAAGGCUAAAUCUGAUAGAGCACUGUUGUUUAAAAGCAUGGUGUACAACGAUGAUGAGAAGAGCCUAAUUUAGGGGGAUAAAUUAACUGCAGUAAAUUUUUGAAAGAGUUUGUAAAUGUUUCUUCAAGUUUUAAGUAAGAACAAGAAGGUAUUUUCAGUUAAAGCUUGAUUUUAUAAAAAUAAUUAUUCCUAGUCACUGCCUCUAAUAAAAAUAAGCAGUUCAAUGAC